CGACAGCGGCGGUGGUGGCGACGCCUGCAACGGCCGCCAGAUAGGGGGGAGGGAGUCGGCGAUGGAGGGCGUGGAGGAAUCGAGCAGGGAGGCGGUGCAGAGCUGCCACAGGGUGCUCAGCCUCCUCUCCAACCCGCAAGGCCAGCUCGUGCCCCACAAGGAGCUUGUGAACGCCACCGGGGAGGCCGUCGCCAAGUUCGGCUCGCUGGCCUCCAAGAUCGCCAAUGGCAACGGCCGGCAGGGCCAUGCCAGGGUUAGGAGGAGCAUCAAGAAGCCCAUGCCCAUGUUCGACAGCAAGCUCUUCCUGGAGAGCUCUGCGCUGGCUCCCGGUGCUGCGGCAGCAGCAGCUAAAGCGUCCCAGACGACCCCGGACACCAGUCUCCGGCUGUGUCCCAGGUACAGCCAGCAGGUGGAGGGCUCCUCCUCCAAGGCUCCUGUCAGGAUCCCUGCCCAGUACCCCCAGAGGCUGCUUCUGGAGAACCCCUCGGUCGGUUCGAACGGGCCGGCGCGCGGACCGCCGGUCCAGCUCGUCCAGCCGGUGUCCGUGGCGCCCCCUGCAGGGACGCCGGCGCCGGCAUUGCCGGCGGCGCAUCUCCAUUUCCUCCAGCAGCAGCAGAGCUACCAGAGGUUCCAGCUCAUGCAUCAGAUGAAGCUGCAGAAUGAGAUGAUCAGGAGGGGUGCCCUUGGUGACCAGGGUGGCAGUGGCAAGACUGGUAGUCUCAGGUUUGAUGGUUCCAACUGCACGGGCUCAUCCCCCCGUUCGUUCCUGACAUCUCUGAGCAUGGAGGGGAGCAUGAUGAGUUUGGAUGGCAGCCGCUCUAGCCGGCCCUUCCAGCUCGUUAGUGGUUCGCAGACAGCGAGCACUCCUGAGUUAGGACUUGUGCAGAGGAAGAGGUGCGCUGGAAGGGAGGAUGGGAGUGGACGCUGCGCGACCGGGAGCGGGAGCAGGUGCCACUGUGCCAAGAAAAGGAAGCUAAGGAUAAAGAGGUCCAUCAAAGUCCCUGCAAUCAGUAAUAAGGUCGCUGACAUCCCAGCUGAUGAAUUCUCGUGGCGCAAGUAUGGACAGAAGCCAAUUAAGGGAUCCCCUCAUCCUAGGGGUUACUACAAGUGUAGCAGCGUGAGGGGCUGCCCAGCAAGGAAGCAUGUCGAGAGGUGCGUCGACGACCCAGCGAUGUUGAUCGUUACCUACGAGGGCGAUCACAACCACAACCGAACUGCAGCCCAGCCAGCCUGACCUUUCAGGCUUUCAGUCCCAGACCGCUUUCAAUAGCCUCUGUUUCUAGAAAAAAGAAGAUGAAAAAAAGAAGAAGAGCCUAGUUUGUACAUAUUCUUCUGACCCUAACUGAUGGGGGAGGAGGGAGAGUCAGCUCUUUCAGGAGAAUCCAUGGUGAAAGAGUUUUAUCGCGUAGAUGGUCGAUGUAGUGUGUCUCAUCAAACUAAUAAUUUUGUAGCCUUGUUUUUGUACCUUUUCUCUCUGUUUAUGUCGGUCCUUAGGACUGUCCUGUGUCGUGCAGUGUAACAUUGAGCUGCAGUUAUAUGUCGGGGGUUGGUGUUACUGUAAACUCUGGAAGUGGAGAUAGGCGAAAGCUAGCAGGCUGUGUUUGCUGAAGUUGAACACCUAGGAACAUUAUGUACCCUCAUCUUCGGUCAAUUGGAUUGGUGCAAUCUUGUCGAUGGUAAUCACCUGGUACUU